AAAAGCAGACAUUCUGGCAAAAGGCGUCUUGUGAAGCUGUGCUGAUAGCUACAAAUCACGACAAGAUGACAACACACCAGGUUUCAAAAAGAUUAGCGUCCGACGAGGCAUGCUGUCUGUCCUGAGGGUGUAGACACACAUUUGGCGGAUGGAACGUUGUGCUUAUCUGGUCAUAGAAUAUGACUGGCGCUUGGUUAUCUUUAUCUUCUCGACAGCUUUACUAUCCCAUCCUUCUAGUGCUUCUCGCGGCCGUGGCGUGUCGCAGCCGAAUGCGGGGUCGGAGAGUGAUACGGUAUACACGAGUCGGCAUGUACUUCUGUCGGCCAGAAGGAAUUGUUUCAUCCGCCGUUCACAUACCCGACUCCUCCCGAACCAGUGUGGUUAAGCAGGAUGCAUGCAGGCUGCGCAGGGUUGUGCAUUCAAUGGUGCUGUUCGUCAUAUCCAGAAAACAGAACGGGGAUUCGGUUCUGGAAAUAUCGGAGUUAUGAUGCUGACUGACUGACUCGGGAACCAACCAGCGAUCCGCAUAACGACCAAGCUGUAUUACUAAUGCCACCACAGCUUUGCUCGACCAAUCCUGACCUUUUAACGAACCAGCCA